AUCGAGUUUCAUCAGCUGGCUCUAAGAAUCGCAAAAGACACUGGAAACAAAGAUCAACAAGCAAGUAUAUAUAACAACCUUGGCCUCGCCUAUAAGUCUCUCGGUGAUUUUAAAGAAGCGAUCGAGCUUUAUGAGCUGAGUCUAAGAAUCACAAAAGAUGAUGGGAACAAAAAUGGAGAAGGAACUACAUAUAUAAACCUCGGCAAUGUCUAUGAGCAUCUCGGUAAUUCCAAAAAAGCAAUGGAAUUUUAUCAGCUACCCAUAAGUAUAGCAAAAGAGACUGGAAACAAAGAUGCAGAACAACAGGGAUAUCAUAACCUUGCUCACGUUCAUUGGUCUCUUGGCGAAUACUCCAAAGCCGAGGAGUGUUUUAAAUCCUCUAUUGAACUAGUAGAGGAAAUGAGAGUCCUCCUUGAAGGAAACGACGAGUGGAAAAUCAGCUUUCGGAAUGCACGUGAUCCCGUUAGUUGUUUAGUGACACGUCAAUUACAACAACGUACUGAACGUAAGACACUCGAGGCGCUUUUAACAGCUGAGAGGGGGCGAGCAGAAGCUCUCGUGGACCUCUUGGAAUCGCAAUAUGGCAUCAGGAAAUCAAUUUGUUCGCUGUCGAAACUGCAGACGGGACUUAUCAUUUCAAACCAUAUUUCGUCACCCACGUUAUUUCUAAUGAACGAUACCCAGUCAGUGAAUAUCUGGAUGCUGUCAAAGGGGGGAAAGCUGAUUGACGUUGUAAAACAGGGAGUUAGUGUUGACUUGACAUCAAUGACUUACCAAGCAUACAAACAGAUUGGUGUGAACAAAAGCCUGUGGAAAAAUAAUCUCUCCCGGAAAGAGAUUGAAGACCAGGGUGAUGCGUUAAAGUUUUUGUACGACAUAUUUAUCGCUCCAUUUUCAAACUCGAUAGAAGGUGAUGAACUCGUCAUUGUCCCUGACGGUUCAUCGUUCUUAAUUCCUUAUGCUGCCCUUGUGCAACAAAACUCCAGCUAUUUAUCUAAAACGCUUGGAAUUAGAUUGGUUCCAUCACUGACAACCUUAAAGCUGCUGGCGGAAUGUCCGGAGGGCCGCUAUAGUACAUCGGGGGCUCUACUUGUUGGCAACCCGUGGGUGAAAACUGUACGCUUCAAAGGCUGCAAACCGUUUCCGCAGCUUCCAGGUGCCGAGGAAGAGGUAAAAAUGAUUGGACAAAUUCUAAACAUCGAGCCUCUCACCGGAAAGAACGCUACAAAAGAUCGGGUUUUAAGCGGGCUCAACUCAGUUUCGUUAGUGCACAUAGCAGCUCAUGGUCGUACAGAAACCGGAGAAAUUAUUUUGUCUCCUAACUCUGCUAGUGCAGAAAAACCCAAAGAGAAAGACUUUCUUUUGACGAUGGCAGAUGUGUUGGAUGCAAAAGUACGCGCCAAGCUUGUUGUCUUAAGCUGCUGCAACAGUGGGCGAGGAAAGAUCAAAGUCGAAGGCGUGGUUGGUAUUGCACGUGCCUUUUUAGGAGCAGGUGCGCGUUCUGUUAUUGCGACCCUGUGGGCGAUUGACGACGAAGCCACUCUUGCGUUUAUGAGACACUUUUACGAUCAUCUAGUAGCAGGGCAAAGUGCAAGUAAGUCGCUUCAUCAGGCCAUGAAAAGGAUGCAGGAGUCAGAAAAAUUCAAUGCCGUGAAGCACUGGGCUCCAUUCGUGCUGAUUGGUGAUGACGUGACAUUGAAUUUUGGCUAA